UGAAUACGAGAGCGGUUAUUUACAUCUCUACCCAUAUUCCGAUGAAUCCCGCCUCCAGCGCUGUGAUUGGUUAACACCGACCCAUUUCUGCGCUCCGAUUGGAUGUUCGGGUUACAUCCUAAUCCUGAAUACGAGUGGAAUAAAAAUAACAACACAUCUGAAUUUGAAGCAGCGAGAUACUCGGUCCAGUCUGUCAAACUCCGGCAACAGCGAUGCCCAGAAAAAAGACCAGAACAAAGAAGCAUAAGAAAGAACGAAAGAAACGCAGAUCGUCAUCGUCCUCCAGCGAGGAUCAGAGGACAGAGAGAGACGCAGAAGCAGUUGCAGGGACAAAAACAAGCAUGUGAGCAGGCUUGUUGUUACGACGCUUCUACUGAGUGCACAGAAACCAGUGAUAAUGAUUAUGAGAUGCAGAUAGUUGAGGAGCUGCAUCUGGCUCGCUCCAACAGACAACUGCACGUGUAGGUGGAGAAGAGUUACGGAGAGCUGACCAGCAUGGACGUAGACCCGGCAGACGAGAGCGCCACCAUUGCACUCAGUAAUGUCACCACUGGGUAAAAGGGCGUGCAUGAAAACGUACAAUAGGGUCGAGUUUGAAAAUGAAAUGCAGUGCGUCGCAAAUACAGUUGUGCCCAAAAGUUUACACACCCCUUGUUGAAUCUGCAAAAUCUUAAUACUUUUAACAAAAUAAGAUGGAUCAUAAAAAUCCCGUGUUAUUUUUUAUUUAGUACAGUCUUUAAUAAGCGUUUUCACAUAACAGAUGUUUACAUAUAGAUAAUAGCUGAAUUUAUAAAAAUUACCCCGUUCAAAAGUUUACACACGCUUGAUUAUUAAUACUGUGUGUUGUUACCUGGAUGAUCAACGACUGUGUUUAUGUUUUGUGAUAGUUGUUCACGAGUCCCUUGUUUGUCCUGAGCAAUUAAACUGCCCACUGUUCUUCAGAAAAAUCCUCCAGAAAAAUCCUUCAGGUCCUGCACAUUCUUUACUUUUCCAGCAUCUUCUGCAUGUUUGAGCCCUUUACAACAGCGACUAUAUGAUUUAAUAUCCAUCUUUACACACUGAGGACGACUGAGGGACUCGUACACGACUAUUACAGAAGGUGCAAAAGUUCACUGAUUCUCAAGAAGGCAACACGAUACAUUAAGAACCAGGGGGUGUAAACUAUUGAACAGGAUGAUCGGUGUAAAUUGUUAUUUUUUUGUCUUCUGAGAAACAUGUAAAUAUCUUAUUUAGCUUCUGAAGGGCAGUACUAAAUGAAAAAAUAAGAUCUUUAAACAAAAUAAUAAUAAUUUACACAGAUCAUCCUGUUCAAAAGUUUACACCCCCUUGGCUCUUAAUGUAUCGUUUUUGCCUUCUUGAGAAUCAGUGAAUGCUUGCACCUGAUAUAAUAAGGAGAACGUGAGUAAAAAUGUGUGUGUAUGAGUAUGUUUGAGCAUACCAAACUCUACUGGACUCUAUUGUACUCACAUGCACAAACUAUUAGACCAAAUUAA